AUGGAGUACAAACCCCAAAUCCCCUCCCAUCCCAGACUACAGCCCCGCCUCAUCAUCCACGGUGGCGCAGGAAACAUCACCCCCGCAACUCUCAACCCCUCACGCUAUGCCGAGUUUCGCGCCGCUCUCUUGACAAUCGUUUCUAAAACGCACCACUUCAUGACCACCCCUUUACCAACCAGCCCAACAACCAAAGCCCUACCCAACGCCCUCACCGUAGCAACGCACGCCAUCGGCCUGCUAGAAGACAACUCGCUCUUCAACGCAGGCCACGGCGCCGUCUUCACGCGCGACGGCGUCAACGAGCUCGAAGCGUCCGUCAUGGUGUCGCGCGGGUGCGCAUACGCCAAGCGCGCCGCGGGCGUGUCCGGGCUGCGGCGCGUGCGGAACCCCGUCCUCCUCGCGCGGGCAAUCCUCGAGCGCGGGGACGCCGACCUCGCGCCGCCUCCUUCAUGCACAGGACUCUUUGAAGGGGAUGGGAAGGAGGGGGUGAGGAAGAGACUGGACGUGCCCUCCGCGCAGGGCCACACGCACAUCCACGGUGCGGCGGCGGAGCAGUUGGCGGAGCGGUACGGGCUUGCGAUGGUGGACGAGGAAUAUUUCUGGACGAAAAGGCGGUGGGAGGAGCAUGUGAGGGGGUUAGAGAGGGAGAAGGGCGGGAAGGGGGUUGCGGGGUGGUGUGACGACGAGUUUUUGCCGCAAGGGACGGUGGGUGCCGUGGCGCUGGAUGAAGAGGGCGUGGUCUGCGUGGCGACGAGCACGGGCGGGCUGACGAAUAAGUUGACGGGGAGGAUCGGGGAUACGCCAACUGUGGGAGCGGGAUUCUGGGCCGAGGAAUGGAGUGAAAGUGGGGGUCCUGACCUGAUGGAGCGGUUGAGGAAGCAGGGGACAGCGGUAGAGUUGGCCGGGACGCUCAAGGGGCUGGUUGCGGAUUGCCUGCCUAUGCCCUGGAUGUAUACCCCUUUACUGGUCAACCGGAAUCACCACUUGGCGACGACGCGGUCGCUCGCUGUUUCCGGCACUGGAAAUGGGGACUCAUUUCUUCGAACGGCCGCCGCCAGGACGGUUGGCUCCAUCGCGCGGUUUGCCGAAAACUCCUCUGCUGUCGCGCUCACCCGGGUCACCGGGCCGGAUGGUGUGCUGCAGCAGAGCGCAGGUGAUCGCUGGGGCAGGACAGGCGAAGGCGAGGGCGGCAUGAUUGGGGUCGAGUGUGUUGUGGUGAGGGACUCCGAUGGCAACGUUGUUCAAACUCGGUCCGAGCUUCUUCAAGACUAUAAUUGCGGCGGUAUGUUUCGUGCUUGGGUGGAUGACAAAGGCAUCGUGUUCGCUCGGGUUUUCAGGGAUGAUUAAGAGGUGCCGGACUUGUAUGCUGUGGAGGCAAGACCGGAGGACCCGCGCGAAUGGUGCGGGAUCAAGAUAGCUUGGGAUCAGUGAGCGGUAAGCUAAGAUAGCUUGGGAUCAGUGAGCGGUAAGCUGCCCUAGAUGUGUAAAUCUAUGGAGAGACUGGACUUC